UCCAAGCUCAGACGCUGGUAUUCACUAAAGGCAGGGUAUUUAAGUUUUAUAAUUUUAGCUGAGAGUUUUGGCUGAAAUUGUGUUGUUCUUAUUGCAGCUUUUUACUUGGAGAGUAAUCACUGAUAGUAAGUAAAAGAGUGAAGAGUGAGGAGUGGAGAGUGUGACACAUGGAGUGUGCAACUGUGUGCAAGUUUUGUUCUCCAAUCUUGUUAAGUCCCAGGAGUGCAGUGGUAGGAAACAGGAAGCAGCAAUUGAGUAACCACACCAAGUUCAAGUUUUGCUAUUCCAAAUUUAAGAUUCAAGCUAUUCAUUCUGCUCAGACCCAUCUAUCAUCAGAGGUAGCUGCUGAAAAAAGCCAAAGUUCAACAGAUUUUGCUAUUGGAGAACUUGUUUGGCCUUCUCCUAGUGAUGAAAUCCCUUUUUGGAAAAAGGACUUCCCUUCUUGGGGCGUGAACCCAGAAGUUCCUGUUGACAUAAAGAAGGAUUCUGAUCCCAUGCACAUAAUUCAUAUUACAGCUGAAAUGGCUCCAAUAGCAAAAGUUGGUGGUCUGGGUGAUGUUGUAACUGGACUUGCUCGUGCAUGUUUAUCGCGUGGCCAUACAGUGGACAUAAUGCUCCCUUUCUACGAAUGUAUUCAGAAGCAGCAGAUCAAAGACUUGGAAUUGGUCACUACAUAUAACUCUUAUCAUGACGGAAAUUGGAUCCAAACUAAUGCAUAUCAUGGGGUAGUUUCAGGCAUCUCAGUAAUAUUCAUUGAACCAUCCAACCAGUUCUUCAAGGGGCAAAAUGUAUAUGGGGGUUCAUUCAAUGAGCUGGAGGCAUAUUUGUUCUUUAGUCGUGCUAGCCUUGAAUGGAUGCAGGUGACUGGAGCACAACCUGAUAUCAUUCAUGUCCAUGAAUGGCAGACUGGAGCUUUACCCCUGCUUUACUGGGAUAUGUACCAUUCUCUUUCACUCAAGAAGCCAAGAUUAGUGUUGACAAUCCACAACAUGGAGCAUUAUGGGGAGUGUACCAAAGAGCAACUCAGCAAGAGUGGUCUGGAUGGAUUUAUAUAUGCAACCAUAGAAAAGGCAGUUGACGAUCGAACUAUUGGCCACAAUCCAGAGAGAUUAAGCUUAUUGAAAGGUGGAAUUGUGUACAGCAAUGCAGUGGUCACAGUCUCUCCAACAUAUCUCAAGGAAACACUAUGCACUGGAUGGCUUGCUAGCACCUUAAUAAGGAAUCGGGAUAAAUACUUUGGUAUUUUGAAUGGGAUAGACACUGCAAUGUGGAACCCUGCUACUGACAUCUUCUUGCCUGCUAAGUUCAAUGCUCAAGACCCUGAGGGCAAGAAGUUAUGCAAAUACUAUGUUCAAAGGGGGCUUGGUUUGGCUUCAGAAGGCAUUCUAGAUGGUAACCAUGUACUAGAUAUGACACACAAGGUGCCUUUAGUUGUCUGUAUUACUCGACUAGUCCCACAAAAGGGUCUUCAUUUGAUUUCUCAUGCAAUCAAGCGUGUUGAAGAACUUGGUGCUCAGAUGGUCAUACUUGGGAAAACUUCAGAUGGUCGGGUUGAAAGAGAAUUUGAAGGGCUUGCAAAAUUGCAUAACCAAGGUCCUAGCAUCCGGAUCCUAUUGAUGUUUAGUGAAGAACUGUCCCACUUGCUAUAUGCUGCAGCAGAUAUAGUGUUAGUUCCUUCCAUGUAUGAGCCUUGUGGACUUGCCCAAAUGAUUGGAAUGCGUUAUGGAGCUGUUCCAGUAGUAAGAAAGACUGGUGGUCUUGCAGAUACAGUUUUUGACAUGGAUGAUCAAUCAAACCAUGAAAUGGCUAAUGGGUUUGUUUUUGAAGGAAUUGAUGAAGGAUCCUUGGACUCGGCUCUAGACCGUGCAUUGGCUCACUAUAGACAGAAACCAGAUGAAUGGAAUGGCAUUGUACAGAAGGUUAUGGAGUUAGACUAUAGUUGGAACAACACGGCUGGGAAAUACGUUGAGGUAUACAACUCAGUAAGAGUGAGAUUGUGAUGGUACUCAGCAAGAGGAAUGCUACAUCAAAGAUACAGAAAUCAACUUUCCUCCUGUUUGCGUUUUAGUGCCAGAGGUUCCACACGGAGCAAUGCUCUUGUUAUGGAAUGAAGCACAAGACAAAAAAGAAGGAAGAGAGACUAGGAAGCACACAAUAAAACAAUUACAUUGACUUGUAAUGGACACCCCAGUGUCAACUACUCGCAUCAUUCCACGUGGUGGUGUAUGUAAAUAUGCAUACUCAUGAAUGAUUUUUGAAAUCGACUCUUGUACAUUGAUGUUUCCAUUUUUUCCCUACAAUAAGGUGCAAAUAUUUCCACAA